ACUGUAAUCAUCUUUUUUGUGCGGUCUAAGACUUGGAAUAGCAGAGCACAGAAACCUCGUAGAGGACUGAUUUAAGACAAUGAGUGGUAUGCAACUGCAAAGUGCUUCCCCUGCCUUGACCUUACAAGGCUCACAGCAAAGUGAAGCUUCAGUAACCAAGGCAACUGGUGCAGAGUCAAAGCCAAAGAAGAAAAUCUGCUGUGCUUGCCCGGACACUAAAAGGCUGCGAGAUGAAUGCAUAGUAGAGCAUGGUGAAGAAGCUUGUGCUAAAUGGAUUGAGGCUCACCGAUUGUGCCUCCGUGCUGAGGGAUUCAAUGUUUGAGAUUGGUAAUGAAGAAAAAGAUAAUAAAAAGACAUUGGUAGAAUAACUCAGUUGAUUUAUGAAAUUCAUAAAUGGAUCACAGUUUAUUUCUUUUAGAAUUACAUCAGGUUGAUUGUUGAAAUGCUUAAUAAAUGCAGGGAAAUUGAUUGCUACAUGCAAUUCAUAAUUUAUUAACUUAUAACUUUUUGAAUCAGGAGGUUCUACCCUCUUAGUGUUGUUGAGACUGAAAUAUUUAAAUGAAAUGCAAGUUGUUAUAUCGUUACUUUUUGCUAGAGUGUAGCAGUUAUUCUUUUUGUACUCAAAUCAAUUGAUUGGCAGAUAGGUGCUGUUUAUCUAUAACUCCCUUUACCCUUCUUUGCUUCCCCUUUUCCCUGUUAUUCCCUCAAG